AUGGCCGAUCAAGCAACGUCAACCAUGCCCAGACUCUCCCCCGAAACUGCGCCUCUUCGGCAAUCGGAUAGCCCCGCCCAUCCAUUGACUCGCUCUUCUGAAGCCGCCAGACGAAAACGCGAGCGCGAUAGGGAGUGCCAGAGAAAGAAGCGACAGCGUGAUCGACAGUAUAUCGAGCGCCUGCAGAUGAAAAUCCGAGAACUCCAGUGUCAACUAGAGAUUGAUCGGCCACGGAAGGCUUGCUCAGCUCAGGCUACAACCUACCCUGCAGAUGAAAGCACAGCGACGCCGGCGUCACAACGCCCUUCGGCUUCGCCAAUGAGGCCAAUGACCACUGAGGACUAUCACGUGAAUCACAGGUCGCAGUCUUUAGGGUCUUCUGUUCAACUGCCGACAAGCCCUAUCGGCAGCAGAGAUAAGACAUUACCAGAGACGGUCACCGUCUCUCUGCAGGUCUUGGAGUCUUGUCUCGCCGUUCCCCAGUGGGCUCGACUACCCUUACACGGCCUGUCCCUCAUGCCAGAUCCCAGGCGUUGCGUGCGAGGGAGUGAACUUCCGCGAUUCAUCUUGCAGAUGGGGGCUGAUGCUUCUCUGCAGCAUCUUUGCCCACCAACCCCGAAAGUGAUCGACAUUCUCUACGGGGGCUCGAAGAACCCUCUGGCUGAUCUUAUUGUCAACGAGUGCUCCAAGGAACCUCUCCUGCCGCCGGAGAGGCUGGCCGUAAGUUUGGCGAUUUAUAAAUAUUGUAGAUGGCUCAUAUGGCCGUCGAAAGAAAGCUUUGCGUGUCUCCCCAAGUACAUGUAUCCGACGGCUUUGCAGCUUACGGUAGAGCACCAAUGGUGCAUUGACCUCGUAUUGUGGCCUGAAGUCCGCGAAAGCAUGAUCAAGAACCAGUCUAGAAUCGACAUAGAUGCCGCCAUUGGACUGUUCUUGUGCUCUUUGCGCAUACGUGGGUCCUUCAACACAAAUUUCAUCUCGCGACAGAAUGACGGCGAUCUUGAGAUUAGCUCGGAAUUUCACAGCCGGUUUACAGAUCCGGCGAAUUGGGGCUUGCUCGCGACCUUUUGGGCCGAAUAUCCAUACCUUGUGGAGAGACUGGACCCAAGCGUGAAAGUUGAAGAGCAGGACUUGUUGUCAUCAUAA